CUUACCAACUGCAUCGUUCUGCACGGCCCAACGGGCUGCGGCAAGACGGCGAUGGUGUAUGCCUGUGCCGCUGAGAUGGGCUACGAGGUGUUCGAACUGUUUCCUGGUAUGGGUAAACGAAGUGGCGUGGCGCUGGAAGCGGCUGUCGGUGAUCUGGCACGCAACCACAUGGUGCUCGGCGGUGGCAAAGGCGGAGGGGCGACGUUCAAGAGCAAGUCGGUGCUGGACCUGAUGCGCAAACGCAACGAUGCAAGUCCGCAGAAGCCGGCACCGGCGUCGUUUGCGCGCGCUGGAAGCGCACAACAGCCUGCGAGACAAUCGGUGAUUUUGAUCGAAGAGGGCGAUGUUCUGUUCGAAGAGGACAAGGGCUUCUGGCAGGCGGUUGUCGAGCUUGUGGCCAAGUCCCAGCGGCCAGUGGUGAUCACGUGCAACGACAUUGCGCAGGUACCACUGCAGACAUUGCCCAUCCAGGAGGUCCUAGAAGUGACAGCACCACCACGCAACCUCCUGUCGGCCUAUCUGAAGGUCGUUGCCGCUGCAGAGGGAAAAGAGCUCGAC